GUGAUCCUAAAGUAUAAAUUUAACCAAUCGUUCACGGUUCUGAUUUCACAUGAGGAUAAUGGCUAGGGGUCGUUGACAAUCUCUGUAUAUAUCAGAUUGUUGAGACAAAAUUCCUUACUGUUAAGGUUUAGGGCCGGUUCUGUUGCCACCUAUUCAAUGUUUUUUUUCUCCUACAAAUCCAAUCUAACUAGUGCCCCAGUCGGUGGAGCUUUUAUUCUAAUUUGGUGCCAUAUCUGAUAUGCAUCAGGUUUUAGUCGAGUCUUUAAUCUGGCGUUCAAGUUUAGCAGGCGGCCUAAAAAAAGAGGCUGACUCCGGAAACGUAGUUUCUGUGUAUCAGUCAUACAUAUUUUACUGUGAGAUAAUACUGGACCGAAUAGAUCUUUCCUUCCACCCCCCAGACUCUGCUCCAACCCCCGUCUGGUGAUGGCAUCACAUUAGACAAAGAACCACGUGCUU